AUUAAUUGUAAUUUUGUGUUGAAUUUGCGAUUUGUAUUGAAAUUGCAAUGAAUUUUCACAAUUUAAUACAAAGACAAUACACUCUCAAACAUGUCAUCUCUUGGCCGCAGACCUACACGUGUUUGAGUCGAUUAUCAUCUCAUUUGUCCACUAAUUUCACUGAAAAUCAAACGUCAUCGGAAGUGACCACAACUCAGAGGUCAAUACCCGAUAAACUUUAUAAGACAAUAGAGAUUGAGGCCCGAAGUGCUGACCGGGAAGUACUCAAUAGUUACGAAACUUUUGUCAAAUUAGCGGCAAAUGGUUUGGAUGUCUCUAUCAGUCGGACUUGGGAACCGUUUCGUAAGAUUAUUAGACGGACUCUAUUGAGGUCUGCGUUCGUGAAGAAGAAGUAUAGGGUUCAGUACGAGUUCAGGACUUAUUUCCGAAGCAUUGAAUUCCAACACUUGACCGCUUCCACCGCCGAUACACUCCUCGAAUACAUUGAACGCAAUCUUCCCGAAGGAGUGGCUCUUAAAGUCUACAAGACAUCCAUAGAGUCACUGCCCGAACACAUCAGCAAAUAUCACUGUAAUUAUUGCGAUGAAGACAUCACUGAUAUUCGUGUCAAAUGCAGCGAAUGUCAAGACUUUGAUCUGUGUCUUGAGUGCUUUUCGUGCGGAGCGGAGAUCGGGAGUCAUAGGAGUCGACACUCGUAUCAGUUAAUUGAUUGCGGAACGUUUCCCAUCUUCACUACAGCACACAAAUGGAGGGCUUUGGAUGAGAUCGCGCUCCUGGAGGCCAUCGAACAGUACGGCUUCGGCAACUGGACGGCCAUUGCGGACAGUGUGGGAAUCGAUGACGUUACCGCCGAUGACGCCAAAGAGCAUUACACCAAUUAUUACGUGUUGGGAAGUGUCGGACGCGCCGUUUGGAAUCAGAUGAACACAGACUCUUCGGAGACGAUGCGAGACCACACGUGUCCUAAUGACGGGCCACUCUCUCCCGGACUGACAACACCUCUACCGGCCAUAACCGAAGUGAACCGUCAAGAAGAGGAUUCGUUGGGGUAUUUGCCUAAAAGGGAUGACUUCGAGAGGGAAUACGACAACGAAUCGGAAUCAUUGGUGUCGACCCUCUCUGUGAACGCCGAAGACGAUGAGAUCGAGAUUAACUUAAAGUUAGCCCACAUUUCGAUGUAUCAAAAGAGACUGAGAGAAAGGAUUAACCGGAAAGUGAUGACAAGAGAGUACGGACUAGUCAGCCAUUUCUUCAAGAAUCACCACUCAUUCAAAGAUCUUAACCAAUCAACGCCUCAGAAGAGCACUAAUGGUGUGAACAAAAAGAGCUCAAAGCAGAUAUCACCCCAAGAAAGCGACGCCCAUCUCAAGAGUCCAUUCGACGAUAAAUACAAACCAUUUCUACGAUUUCAAUCAUUAGAAGAGAGUCGAGAACUGUUUCAAAACAUUCAGAGAGAGAAAGAGCUGAAGAGUAAGAUAAAAGAGUUGAUGAGAUACCGGAAGAAUGGGUUGAAGCGUAUGAGUGAGUUGAGUGCCUUCGAGUCGGCCCGCAAUAAGCGCCAGAAGCGGAAAGAGAAUAAGAAGAAAUCGAUCCUAAGCGCCGCCGCAAGUAUUGGCUCCGCUCACAAACGAUUGUUAGGAACGGCCACCAAAAUGGCCGCCAAAACCGGUUCCGAAAUAACAAAAGAUCAAAACUCAACUGUUUCUCAAACCACAAAAAAAGGCACAAAAGUGUCGUCAGAAUUAACGCCAAAAAUCGUUAAUAAAAUUAAAAAUGAUUUCGAUAUCUCUUCCCUUCCGGGCUGUCGACUACUAUCGGACAGAGAGAAAAAGCUGUGCUCUUCUGUUAGGCUAAGACCUUCGCAAUACAUUACUCUCAAAACUCUCAUUCUUAAGGAUCACAACCAAAGGGGAACGACAGGCUCUUCCAGCAAAUCCAGUCUCGAGAACAUCGAUAAGUCUUUGCGGCGAAAAUACUUUGGGUGCGACACGAGUGUAGAUAAUUGUGGCGUUUGUGGUGGGAAUGGGAGUACGUGUCGAAGAAUUGAAGGAGUGUUUGAUUUGGAUAAGUUAAGGGUCGGUUAUAAUGACAUUCUGCUGAUCCCAAGCGGAGCCACUAAUAUCCAAAUCGGGGAGCGAUUCGCUACUAAUAACUAUUUGGCCGUUCGUAACAUUAAUGGUCAAUACUAUUUGAACGGAAACUGGAGGAUACAGAUCCCUAAAACCUAUGUCUUCGGCGGCACAACAUUUCAAUACUAUUCACGUCGAGCGCGAUUCGGAGUGCAGUCGCCCGAAGGCUUACGAGCGACCGGUCCUACAACUGAGCCAUUAGUUGUUGUACUCUUAUAUCGCGAACCAAACCGAGGCAUAGACUUCUCGUUCACGAUUCCGGCUGACGUUCAGACACUCGCCCAGCACUCCAUAUAUUCGUGGAUAUCUUCUGAGUUCUCUCAGUGUAGCAAAACCUGCGGAACAGGACUUCAAACCAGAAAUGUUCAAUGCGUUCGAGUUCUGGAUCAUUACCCGGUCUCGGAAUCUCUUUGCUAUGCCAUUACUCGACCAGAAGACAGGAUGACCUGUAACACAGAGCCGUGUGCCUCGUGGGAGGUCUCCCAAUGGACAGAGUGUUUGUGUCAUUACGGAGUACAGCACCGGCAGGUCUACUGUCAAUCGUCGAGUUCACGGAAUGGCAUUCUUGACGAACGCGAUUGUCUUCAACUCAAUCAACCGAAACCCUCUUCAUUGCAAAAAUGCAUUCGUGAUAAGGAGUGUCCCGUUUGGACGGCAGGUGUUUGGCAAAAGGCCAGUCUUCGCCCGAUUGAUACUCAAGAAUGCAAUGAAAUUCCUUGCGAUGGCGUUGAAUGGUUUGCCUCCGAUUGGACCUCUUGUGAGAAACAAUGCGGUCCUAGUAUUCAAACCCGAAAAGUCAUUUGUGGCGAUGAAAGCGGUGCUGUAUUUGCAUCGAAAGCUUGCGAUGCAAACAAACCGCCGGAAACAACUCAAUUAUGUCAAGAAUCUGCGCCCUGUUCUCCACUUUGGUUUACAUCCGAAUGGAGUAAUUGUAGCGUUGAAUGUGGAGAAGGCUUACAAACCAGACAUGUCUUCUGCGGACAUCUUAACGAUAAGUCAGAGAUAGUAGUGGACAAAGAAGAAGAAUGUAUUUCUGAAAAACCACAAAAUGUGUCGAUUUGCAAGCUUUCGGAUUGUGAGGGCAUUUGGUUUAGCGCUCCCUACGAGUCCUGCACUGUGCCGUGCAGUGGCGGUCAGAUGUCACGCAAAGUCCUGUGUUUUAAUGGAUCCAAAGAAUUAAUCUCAGAUGAAAGUUGUGACACAACUCUUAAACCAUUGACUAAAGAGGAUUGCAAUGUGUUUGAGUGCGAUGAGGACCAACUGCUCGGUAUCGGUGGCUGUAAGGAUACAAAGACUGGCUGUUGUCCCGAUGGGAUCACACCGGCAGGCGAUUCAUUCGCUGAUUGUCCGCCCAUUAAUGUGACCGAUGGCUGCAAUGCAACACAAUAUGGCUGUUGUAAAGAUUUAGAAACGGCUCCAUUCGGUCCCUUUGAAAAGGGAUGUCCUGUUGUCUGCAAUUUUACCCGAUUUGGCUGUUGUCCGGACGGCAUCUCUGCCGCCAAAUCAUUCACGUUUGAAGAGUGUCCGCAACCCAUUCCGGAGACCACAACCGUUACUACAAUCAUGACAACCACUGAAGUGUCGACAACUACCACAACCACCACCAAAAAGGAACCGACCAGAGCUACACUCGUCGGACAAUUCUUGAUUCCUCUCGAGUGCGAAGAUGGCUCGGGAGACGGUGAAGGAUCCGGUGAAUUGUGCUCUAAUAAUAUUGUCACCGAAUCAGACACUUCUGUUAAAACUGAAGGAAGUGGAGAACCGGUUGAAGACAUAACCAAUUGCACGGAUGGCACGUGUGUUCCGGACAUCACAACUCAAUCACUUGAUUGUAACGCCACUGAAUUCGGGUGCUGUCCCACUGGCAAGAAGGCCGCCACUGGUCCCCGAUAUUAUGGCUGCACGUGUGAGGACUACCCUCACGGGUGUUGUCAGGACAAGUAUACACCCGCUCGUGGACCAGAAUAUGACGGAUGCAUUUGUUCCCGUAUGCUAUACGGCUGUUGUAACGAUGGUCAAACUCCAGCCCUCGGACCUAACUUUGAUGGCUGUAGCUGUGAAUCGUCGCAAUACGGCUGCUGUCCUGAUAUGGUUUCGCGGGCGAGAGGACCGAACUUUGCCGGCUGUCCGUGCGAUUCAUUGUCGUACGGCUGUUGUCCGGGCUCUACAAUACCUGCCACUGGACCUAAUUUUGAAGGCUGUUCGUGUGCUAACACACCAUUUGGCUGUUGUCACGACGGAGUGACCAUAGCUUAUGGACCAAAGUUCGAGGGCUGUCCGUCUGGCCCUUCGCUUGACCUGAAACUAGUGUCGGAAGUGUGUGGACUGAACAAAGAGAGGGGUCCCUGUAAUAACUAUACAGUCAAAUGGUAUUUCGAUAUCAAUUACGGCGGGUGUAAUAGGUUUUGGUACGGGGGCUGCGAAGGCAAUGGUAACCGAUUCUCAUCGCAAGAACAGUGCGAAAGAUCGUGCGUUACUCCCGAGGGGCCCGAGAGGUGCGCUCUGCCAAAGGUGAGCGGCCCCUGCAAUGGCUCGUAUGUGUUGUGGCACUUCAACCCCGAUGUCAGAAGUUGCGAACAAUUUGUUUACGGGGGAUGUCUUGGAAACACCAAUCGCUACGAAACAAGAGAAAUAUGCGAACACAUGUGUGUCAAUCAGGAGACUGUUUUGGACAGGUGUGAACAGCCGCCAUCAGUUGGUCCGUGUCGUGGAAACUACGAGCGCUGGCACUAUAGGAAGGAAGAGAAUCGUUGUUUGCCAUUCACUUACGGCGGAUGUAAAGGCAAUCAGAAUAACUUCCAGUCCGACGAGGAAUGUCGUAACGCAUGCGGAUCUCAAACGGCUCAAGAGAUCUGCGCGUUUGAGAAGGCAGAGGGUCCGUGUUUGGGGUCAUUCCCGCGCUGGUACUACGACAGCCCUCACGCCGUUUGCCGCGAAUUCAUUUACAGCGGAUGUGAAGGCAAUCGAAACCGAUUCGUCGAUAAGAGCGCCUGCGAGAGACAGUGCAGUACAAUCCGGCCGAUGCCGACGGCCGACAACGUGUGUUCACUGCCGCGAGCAGAGGGCCCGUGUAGGGCAGCUAUCAUUCAAUGGUAUUUCAACGCUAAAUCCAGACGUUGUGAGCGAUUUUAUUAUGGAGGCUGUGAAGGCAAUGGCAACCGCUUCGAUGAUAGGACCGCAUGCGAGCGGUCGUGUCUUUUCGUACACAUCGACCGCAAUGCGUGCCAUCAGCCCAAAGAGUCGGGCAAUUGUUAUGACUAUAGAGAGCGUUGGUAUUACGAUAUGGAGGAUAAGAGAUGCCAUCGGUUUUACUACUCCGGCUGUAAAGGCAACGAAAAUAACUUCAAUUCGUUUGAAGCGUGCACUUCGAUGUGCGGCCCAUUCACUGUUGUCUCCACUGAGCUAUCGGUCCAACACUUCAAGACUGAGUUUUGUGGCAAACCAUACGAUUCCGGACCGUGUUUUCAGAAUGAGAUCCGUUGGUUCUAUGACAGGACAGACGGCGUCUGCAAAGAGUUCCUCUAUGGAGGCUGUGAUGGCAAUGAAAAUCGAUUCGCAUCUCGAAGUGAUUGCGAAGCCAAGUGUUGGAACUCACAAGACAUCUGCAAACUAUCCAAAGUAAUCGGUUCCUGUUCUGGACGUUUCACUCAAUGGUAUUUCGACUCGAAUGCCAACGAAUGCCUGGAAUUCUUCUUCAGUGGAUGUCAUGGAAACGCGAAUCGCUAUAACAAUAAAGAGAUGUGUGAGGCUCAGUGUCAGAAACAACUGCCACACAGCGGUGUGUCGACCGCGUCGUCGGUGACCAAUGUGUGUGACCUGCCGUACGCGUCGGGUAUGUGUAAGGGAUACUUCCCGCGAUGGUAUUACUCGCGAGAGGAUAACGGAUGCAAACAAUUCAUUUACGGCGGAUGUGACGGAAACGAAAACCGUUUUGAUAACCGACACGAAUGCGAAUCCAGAUGUUUGGCCAGAACUUCGAGACCACUGGACGGGCCGGGAGAAUAUGAUUCCAGCGAAGUUGUGUGCCGUUUGGAAGUGGAGUCCGGGCCGUGCCGUCAGACGCAAGCGUUUUGGUUUUACGAUCCGCAAAGUCAUAUCUGUCUUCCAUUUGCUUACGGCGGAUGUAAUGGCAAUAAGAAUCGCUUUAAAACAUAUGAAUUAUGUAUGAAAUUCUGUUCGGGAAUAUCACCCGUUCAGCCCAUUCCCCCGCAAAUUCCCACUGAGUUGAGACCCGUUUCUGAAUCACCCGUCGACUGUCCGCCGUCUGACUGUGAGGACCAACGCUGUCCUUUCGGUAUCGAUGAGUUCGUAGACGAGAGAGGAUGCAGUGCCUGCCGCUGCUCUAACCCAUGC